AUGCCUUCGUAUUCAGAAAUGCUUUUGAUGGUGAGCAAAUCCUUGAGACAGCUUUUGAUUGAUGCAUACUCAAAGUUGGGUCUAGUUAAGGAAGCAUACAAAGUGUUUGAUCGUGCCAUGGAAAAGAAUGUGUUGCUGUGGAAUGCAAUGAUCAGGGGAUUUUGCUACAAUGGAUUGUCAGAGACAAGUUUGGAGUUGUUUGUGCUCAUGAUGAACAAAGGCUGUGUGAUGCAGGCUUCAACUUUUACUAGUGUUUUGUCGGCUUGUUCAGCUGGGAAGAAGGAUCUUGGCAAGACAAUUCACGGGGAGUUGGUUAAAAGGCCAGUGUUGACGAGCAUGAUUGUGCAGAGCUCUUUGAUGACAAUGUACCUGAAAAAUGGGGACAUCGAAGCUGCAGAUGCUUUAUUUAGUUCACAUGAGGAUCAUGAUAUCGUUGCUUGGGGCGCCAUGAUUUCAGGCUUUUGUCAAAACAAGAAAUUCGAUAAUGCUUUGAGUUUAUUUCAUCAAUUGAUGGCCAAGGGAUUGAAGCCGGAUUCAGCAGUUAUUGCAAGUGCACUCUCUGCUAGUUCUAGCUUAGGAUGUCUGCAACUCGGAUAUCAGUUUCAUGGACUCACCAUCAAGAACAGCACUGCUGCUGAUGUUUUUGUCGGAAGUGGUUUGAUAGACAUGUAUGCCAAAUUUGGCAUGCCAAAAUCAGCAGAAUGUGUACUCAGUGACAUGGCUUACAAGAAUUUGGUGGUUUAUAAUUCUAUGAUCUCAUGUUAUGGAAGGAAUGGCAUGGUUGAUGAUUCCAUCAAAGUUCUAGCCAAAAUAUCUCAGCUGGGAUUGACCCCGGACUCGAUCUCAAUAACUAGUUCUCUUGCUUCAGUUUCCUCUUUGGCAGCAUUGGCCAAAGGCAAGAUGAUUCAUGGAUAUCAAGUAAGAAAUCAAGUUCUAACUGAUGCUCUCGUCGAAAAUACACUUCUUGACAUGUAUAUGAAAUGUGGUUGUUUGAGAUACGCUCGAAGAGUCUUUGAUCGAAUGACAUUUAAAAAUUUAGCAGCUUGGAAUACAGUGAUUGCGGGGUAUGGAUCUCAUGGACAUUGUUUAGUAGCAUUCGAGAGUUGUUUGAAGAGAUGA